AUGCCGGUCCUCUACGGCGGGCGCCAGCCCGGGCAGGAGACGGCCCCCUGGCACCUGGAAACCCAGUUCGUCGACCGCAACGUGUACGUGAACCGGAAGGAGAAGCCGGAUCCUCGGGGGGACGAUUUAAUGGAGUGCGAAUGCCGGUACCAGGCCGCGCGGCUGAAGAAAGGAUGGUGGGCCAAGACGGAGGUCCAGGCGAGCGGCGGCAAAGGCUGGGGCCUUUACUUGGGCGAAGACAUCCGGGCGGGGGCCCUGGUCGCCGAAUAUGUCGGGGAGGUCAUCCAUGCCAAGGAGCUCGGGCUCCGGAAAAAACAACGCAAGCGGGACCGACAUUUGUAUUUCUUGGCCCUGCAGUCCUCGGAAUUCAUCGACGCCACGGAGAAAGGGGGGAAGGCCCGUUUUGUCAACCACAGUUGUGCACCGAACUGCUUGGCGGAGAAGUGGAAAGUCGGGGGCGAAUGGCGUAUGGGCUUCUACGCCAAGACGGCGCUGUCGGCGGGCACGGAGUUGUCCAUCGACUACGGGUGGGAGGCACAGCAUGGGCGGAAGAAGACCAAGUGCCUGUGCGGGACGGCCCUAUGUCGAGGUUUCAUCGAGAAGGACGACUCCCUGGCGCUGGCAGAGGAGGCG